AUGUGCCAAGGAGGUGAUUUUACCAAUGGUAAUGGUACUGGUGGCAAGUCGAUAUAUGGACAUAAAUUUAGGGAUGAAAACUUCAAGCUUCAACAUACUGAGCCUGGCAUCUUGUCUAUGGCCAAUGCUGGACCCAACACAAAUGGAUCACAGUUCUUUAUAACCACUGUAGCUUGUCCUUGGUUAGAUAAUGCACAUGUAGUAUUUGGAAAAGUAGUAGAGGGAAUGGAGGUUGUAAAGGCAAUAGAACAACUGGGAUCUCGUUCAGGACGUCCUUCUAAGAUGGUAGUGGUAGCAGACUGCAAUGAAUUGAAAGAGUAA